UAACUUUUCCGAGUCUCAUGCUCUCAUGAGUCUCAACACCGAGUCCUGGAAGCUUAACCUGAACAAUGUAUAGCAGGUGCUAUUCUCAGAAACUAGAGGAUUCAUUGUUUCAGGUUCUGUCCAACAGAACCAGUAGGCGGUUCCUGUUGGACCUGUCGGACCACCGUGGUUCCGGCGAACUACUAGACUUGUUCCAGAUCCGGUCAUGGCUGCAGCUGUUUGGAUCCGUCGAUGUCAGAGAGCCUCACCACUGGCCGGUUGCAGAGCCAAGCACAGCGGUUUGAAGACCCAGUAUGACGCGCUGGUCAUCGGUGGAGGUCACAAUGGACUGAUCGCUGCGGCCUAUCUUCAGAAAGGAGGGGUGAAGACCGCUGUGCUGGAGCGCAGACAUGUGCUCGGAGGAGCUGCCGUGUCAGAGGAGAUCAUCCCUGGUUUCCACUUCUCCAGGUGUUCCUAUCUGCUCAGUUUGUUGCGCCCCCACAUAUACUCCGACCUGGAGCUAAAGAAACAUGGGCUGAAGGUGUACAUGAGGGACCCUCAUUCUUUUACACCCAUGCUGGAGGACGGGGUCGGAGGUCGCCCGCCCAGAUCUCUCACUCUGGGUUCUAAUCUUGCCAGAAACCAGCGAGAGAUCAGCAAGUUUUCUGAAAAGGAUGCCAAGGCAUACGCAGGCUUUAUUUCCCAUAUUGACAAACUGGGUGAAGCUAUUCACCCACUACUGGAUGCUCCAGCGGUGGACAUCCAGGGCCUAACAUCUGGAUCCCUGAGGAAGCAAUUGACGGCUGCUAAAUCACUGAAGGCUUUACUUAAAUGUGGAAUGAAACUUGGCAAAAACAUUCCAGACAUGUAUGAGAUCGUAACAGCACCCAUUACAAAGAUCCUCAAUCGAUGGUUUGAGUCAGAACCGCUGAAGGCGAUGCUCGCCACAGACGCGGUGAUCGGGGCCAUGAUCAGUCCCAGCAACCCUGGAAGCGGGUAUGUCCUGCUCCAUCAUGUGAUGGGCGAGUUGGAGAAGGAAAAAGGAGCGUGGGGAUAUGUUGAAGGAGGGAUGGGAGGUGUGUCCAAGGCGAUAGCGAGCGCUGCUCGGUCCUACGGUGCGGACGUCUUCACAGAGAAGGAGGUUGAACAAGUCCUGGUGGGCUCGGACGGUGCUGCCCGGGGGGUAGUACUGAAAGACGGGACUGAGAUACACAGCAAAAUAGUCCUUUCGAAUGCUACACCUUAUCUUACCUUCAAGAAUCUGAUGCCUCAGGGUGUUCUUCCUCCAGAGUUCUCCAAAGCCAUUGACCAAAUAGAUUACACCUCACCUGUCACCAAGAUCAACGUGGCAGUAGACAAGCUUCCAAACUUCCUGGCGGCUCCCACCCCUGAUGGCAAACCUGGACCCCAUCACCAGUGCUCCAUUCAUCUCAACUGUGAGAGUGUGGAGGUGCUGACAAGCGCCUACCAUGAUGCUGUGAACGGACGUCCUUCGACGAGGCCGAUGCUGGAGGCGACCAUCCCCUCUGCAUUAGACCCAACUUUGGCGCCCCCUGGCUGCCAUGUGGUGCUGCUGUUCACUCAGUUUACUCCUUACCACAUUGAGGGCCGGGAAUGGACUGAACAGGACAAGCAAGCGUAUGCAGAUAAUGUGUUCGACUGGGUGGAGAGAUAUGCGCCUGGAUUCAAAAAGUCAGUGGUAGGCAGGGACAUCUUGACCCCACCUGACCUGGAGAGGAUUUUCGGACUCACUGGAGGGAACAUCUUCCAUGGGUCGAUGUCUUUGGACCAGCUCUACCUGGCACGGCCGCUGCCCUCCAUAUCCGACUACCGCACGCCCAUCGCCGGCCUUUAUCUGUGUGGCAGUGGCUGCCAUCCAGGUGGCGGUGUAAUGGGAUCGCCUGGCUGGAAUGCAGCCCUGACUGCGAUGGCUGACCUGAAAAGUCUCAGGAGAUAAAUCUGUCAUUGCUUUCUGAACUGACUUGAGCACUCCACCUUUACACUGCGGCAGAACAAGACAGCUUUAAUACUGUUAGGAUUUAUCAUCAUGUUUGUCACAAAUGAAAUGAAUUCAAUUAAAAUAUUAGCAGAAGUAAUAUUAAAGGGUCUUCAGCAUACAAAUCUCACACAUCAAUAGAGUAGCUUUGCAUACUUUAUAAAAUGUUGACUGCCAUGGUGUAAACACUAAAACAUUGAAAAAGAAACAAGGACUACAAAAAUAAGUGAUGAACUGUGUCUGGAUGAGGAAUGAGAACUUUUUAUUAUCAUUAUUAUGAUUAUAGAUCUGUUGUGAUUUUUUUUAUCGAUGUAGACAUUUACUUUCUAAUGUUGUACAACACAAUGAAAUAAAUAUGAUAUAAUGAAAUAUUUUGACAUCAUGUUAUGAAGCUGAAAAAUGAAGCUGAAAAACACAAAACCACAUACUCCGUAUGAAACAAAUCCUCAGGUCUGUUGCAACAUCUGCCUUGUGGAUCUUUUAUUGGAGGUGACUGAUUGUCAGGUCAGUCUCAGAUGUUUGUUGUUUCUAGUAAUUUACAGUCUGAAAUUCUGUCUGACUGAAUGUGAUAUUAUCGAUUAUCAUCAAUGAUAGACCCCUCACUGUCUGUCAAACACUCCAGUCUAUAAUGAAGCCAGGAGUCUAUAAACCAACAAUGCUAAUUUGUACUUCGAUCGUUUUUUGAGUAAGUUUUCUGGUGCCACAUUUUUGCUGUAUCCUGUUCUUUAACUGUGCUGGUAACAUUAAAACUUUACUCUUGUUUAGUAUUCCUGAAUUUACAGUGUAGUUUCUCAGUUUAACAUUUAUAUUAAGGCUUCACUUUCGAGUGAAUAUUAUUACAUGGUUUCACCCGACUUGAGAUUUCAGCUUGACAGUGAUGAGCCUCACAAAAUUUAGCAAGGUUAUGACCAGCUAAAAUGAGAUUUCACGGUGGAUCACUAACUUCAACUGUGAAGUGGGGAUCAGAGUGAUCAAAAUUUUAACUAUGCCGCAACGUUUUGAGUUGUGUGUCCAUUUGACACAACGAGACGGUGAACAGAACUAUUCUGGAACUUAAACCUAUUGUGAUGUUUUAGUAAUAAUGACUCCUCAUACUAUUAGCAUGUAAUAACUUUGCAUGAAUGAAUAAAUGUGAGUGGUACUGUAACAUGCAUUGUAUUUGUCUACCA